AGCAUGUAACUUAUCAAGUAACUUAUAUGGAGCAAUCCUAGUCUGUUGUCCUUUGACCUCUACUGUCAUUUCUGAUGUGAACUGAAUAUAGGCUAGCUGUCAGACUAUCUCAUGGUCUUUUGGAGUCUGCUCUGUUAGAGUGAACUGUGCCUUCAUUUGAUGCUGUCUGAUCUCUGACAACAUGGGGGACCAAAAAUUUGAAGCUCUGAGAAUGAAGCGGGAGAUUGGGUUGAUUGGUGGUGUUGCAAUAGUUUCUGGAACUAUGAUCGGAUCUGGAAUAUUCAUGUCCCCACAGUUUGUUCUGGGCUACGUGGGAAGCCCCGGAGCAAGUCUGGUGAUCUGGACUGUCUCAGGACUUGUUGCUAUGUUUGCUGCUCUGUCCUACACAGAGCUUGGGACAGUCAUUCCUGAAUCUGGUGGGGAGUUCAUCUACAUCCUGAGGAUCUACGGUUCCUUUCCCGCGUUUUUUGCAGCGGUCACAUUCGUCCUGGUUGUGAAGCCUUGCAGCAUUGCAGCAAUGUCAAUCAGCAUUUCAGAGUAUGCCAUGGCGCCCUUUUACGGAGGCUGUGAGCCUCCUCAGCUGGCAGUGAAGUGUGCAGCAGUUGUGUGUAUUCUGGUUGUUGCAACAGUCAACAUCUUGAAUGUUCGGGUUGCUGUCAGAAUCCAAGUGGUCUUCUUGAUAGCCAAAGUCAUCGGGUUAACAGUCAUUGUUAUUGGAGGGUUUGUGGCGAUGAUUCAGGACAGCACUAUGAUUGUGGAGAAUUUGAAAGCUGAGACUUCAUUUAAAGGCACUCAGUCCUCUUUGAGCACAUUAGGAAUGGCUUUUUAUCAAGGACUCUGGUCUUAUUCCGGCUGGUUCUCCUUAAACUAUGUCACAGAGGAGCUGAAAAGACCUGAGGUGAAUCUUCCCAGAGCGGUGAUAAUAGCCAUUUCUCUGGUGACCGGCUUGUAUCUGCUGGUAAACGUGAGCUAUCUGGCAGUGAUGACGCCUAAAGAGCUCAUGUCGUCCACCGCAGUAGCAGUGACCUGGGGGAAUAAGGUGUUUGGCAGCUGGAGCUGGAUCAUGUCUGUAGCUGCAGCUUUUUCUGCUUUUGGUUCAUUAAAUGGGUCGCUUUUCGGUGCAGGUCGAAUUUGCUUUGUUGCUGCCAGAGAAGGACACAUGCCAGAUAUUCUGUCCAUGGCUCACGUCCACAGACUGACUCCUUCUCCAGCGCUGAUCUUCACCACUGUGAUCUCUCUGGUGGUGCUGAUCCCUGGAGACUUUCAGAGUAUCGUCAACUAUUUCAGUUUCACUGCCUGGUUUUUCUACGGCAUCACCCUGUCCGGACUGGUCUAUCUCAAAAUCAAGAAGCCAGAGCUUCCCAGACCUUACAGAGUUCCCAUUAUCCUCCCUUUACUGGUCAUCCUAGCAGCAAUAUUCCUCGUGCUGGCACCCAUCAUAGACAAUCCUCAGAUUGAAUAUCUCUACGUGGCUUUAUUUAUAUUCAGUGGAAUUAUAGUUUACGUACCGUUCAUCCACUACAAGCUCUGCCCAGGACUAUUGAACAAGCUAACAGUGUUCCUGCAGCUCUUUUUACAAGUCUCUCCAGCAGAGAAAAACCUGUGAUUUCCACAGAUCUGCCUCCUGAUGCAGGGAAUGAGAAUCUGCUAAAAAGCAAGAACUAAUUUAGUUUACAUUGGCUGUCUUUGAAUUAAAGCAAUCUCAUAGGUAUCGUCUUAUUUGUACAGUUGCACAAUUUUCUGUUUUUUUGUCUGAUUUUAAAAUCUGUAAUGAAUUUCAGUUUAUUAUAAUAGUUCUUGUUGUUUUUUCUUGCCAAAGGUUCCAAAUGAAACAUAAAAAUUUAUUUUAUGACAAGAGAACUCCACGGCUGAAGUUUCCAGUUUCAUAUUUUUUCUUGAAAGAUUUGAAGAUGAAAUGCAUUUUGGGGCAAGUAAAAACAGGUAUCUCUUUACUUUGUGUCUGCUGUGCUCAUUAGCUGCAGCUUUAUUUGACUAAAGCAGCAAAAAAAAAGUGUCACAUUGCAGCUUCUCCAGGCAAAAAAUAC